CGAGAGAUGGAGCAGCCUAACGGUGGUGUUGGUGAGCCAACCGAUGACCGCAGUGCGUCACCAGCGAGAGCAACCCAGAACAACAAUGCAACCGGGAUGGGUCCAUUGUCGGGGAUCAGCAAUGGAAUGGAUACCGUAGCAGCAGCAGCAGCAGCAACAGCAACCACACCGAAGACAACGAACUGGGUAAAGUUCGAGGAGGACGGUGGACCGGAACCGAGCAAGUCCCCAUCACCGUCACUGCCACCACCACCAUCGGCCGCUACCAGCAGGCAGCAGCAUCCCUUGGCAGUGGCGGACAGCAACCGUCCGCCGACAACAUCGGACACAGCACCACCGGCCGUACUACCAACGGAAACGGUGCACGUAAAUCUGGAUACACGAGCGCCUAGCACACCAAAGCAACCCCAACCAUCACAUGGCGGCAGUAAACCAACGCCCAACGUUGGCACGUCUGUUCCAAGCGGAGUCAACAAAACAUCACAACCAGCCGUCAUAGACAUUCCGAAGCAAUCGGUAAACGUGGUGCAACCGAUCCAGUCGAUGCGAACGAUCGAACUUUCGACGGGCCGCGUACGGGAAGGUUUCGCAAACGGUGAUGUUAUCGUUACCUUACUACCUACAAACACUCGGUGGCCAUGGAUCACACCUGCCGUAUUUCGUCCUGAGCUCGUACCAGAAGAGCUAAUGGCACAAGGUUUAACGCUCACAGUGGAAGAGUACGUCCACGCGAUGGAAACGCUCGUGAACGAUUACCGGUUCACGCUGUACAAUAUCUGCUACAAGCGUGUCCUGGUCGUGUGGAUACUGUUCGCCUUCAUCGUCCUGAUCGGACUGCUGUUUUCCGGUUUUUACGGCAUCACGCUGCUAUCGCUCGGUGUGGCCUGGCUGUUCCUAAAUGCGGCCGCCAUUUUCCUCUGCAUGUGGGUUAAAUUGAAGCUGGCGCGUGGUCUAGAACGCUGUAUGGCACGCGUGAACAAGCAACUAAUUCGACACAAGAUUCUGCUAGCGUUGGACGACCGAGGCCACAUCUCCUGUCACAAGGUUAACCUUUGCUUCCUGUACUUUGAACCGUCGCAGUGCAUUAGCUAUCUGAACGAGUUUAUUGAGCGGAGCGAACAGAACGGCAACACGAUCGAACCUGGCUGGGAAAGCCGGCUGGACGUCACGACUAAUGAUAUCGUUAUCCAGGGUGCGAACACGACUCGUCUGUCCCGAAAGCAGGGACGAGCGGAAGGAAUCUUUUUGCGGUACCUACAGCGCUGGGGUAAGGAUUAUCUGCGCCGCCGGCUAGACUGGACGAUCGAGGAGAAUGCUAUCGUGUCCGCACCGCGCCAUCUGCCCACGGCCUACUGUCCCUGUCAGUACGCGGAAGAGGUGUUGCUGCAGAAGAAACCGAAGGAGGAUCCACGGCUUUGCUGUGCCACAAUACGGGUCCAUUUGGCACGGAUCGGGUUCCAUUUUUGA